AUGGAAAAGGUCCGGCACACUUUGUUUUUCCUGCUUAUGGUGACCAUGAUGGUCGGACGGCCAGUAGCAGCAGCAGACCCUGACAUCACAACCGAUUUUGGCAUCAAUGUCACCUCCGGUGCACAGCUCCAGUUCACAGGCUUCAGAAAUCUUCCAGAAUCGGGCGUCAAGCAGAUCGUCAUCAAUUUCGCCUUUGACACACAGUUCCCUGGAGUGAUUGGGCUUGGGAUAGCUCCAGCCUUAUUGAAAUUCGGGCCUUUAGCUCUCAAUUCUGUGCACCACCAUCCUCGAGCGAGCGAAGUUUUCUACAUCAUUGACGGAGAGCUAGAUGCCGGAGUCGUGGACACCAAGAACAACCUCUUCACAGCUACUCUGAAGAAAGGUGAUGUGUUCGUCUUUCCGAAGGGACUCAUGCACUUCCAGAUCAACCGAAGCAAGACGAAAACAGCCACUGUCAUAGCCGUCUUCAACAGCGAAAAUGCUGGUCGCGUUAGCUGGCCUCCUACUCUGUUCAAUUCCAACCCUCGCAUUCCCACCGAUAUUCUGAUGGAGGCUUUCAACCUCGACAAGAUGACAGUUGACCGCCUGAAGCUUAUUAACUUCCCCAGUGCGUAA